CAAUCCUCUCAUUCCUGAGGAUCUGCAGUGAUGCAACUUCCUCUAACCUGCCUGAACUGGACUUUACAGGGUCGGGAAAUUCUGCCUCCCAGAUACUCUUCAUUUAUCAGCUCUGCUCUGACUGAACUCAGUACUGAAGAUCAUCACAGACACUCAGGCUGAGAUCUCUACUGUCCUGGAGAUUUCAGGAGAGAGAUGCUUUUUCUUGGGCUUCAGGUCCUGCUUGCCUUUUUACACAAAGCAGAGGGAUCCAUUAAAGUGGCUGAAAGUUACUGGACUCUAAAACCAAAUGAGUUGGUGGUGGAUGAGGACGUGGUGAAGUACGGCAGUAAAGUCCUGGUUCCUCUGAUGUGCGGGGAGAUGUUUGACGGGCAGGAUGUCGUGUGGAGGCGAGACAGUGGGGAGGAGCUUGAGGAACGAGGGAACAGGAUACUGGUGAUGGUGGAGGAGAGGCGGGGGGGCACCUACACCUGUUACAGCAGAGAGGGAACCUACCUCAACCACACGCUGGUACUGGUGCAGUGGCCCUACAGAAAGAUCAUAAAGGACACACCUGAGAAAGGUUUUAUUCACUGUUCAACGAAAAACUACAGCGGCUCGUUUCAGUGCUCCUGGACCUGGGAUGACAAAAGGGCGGGAAAAGUUGCGCUUGUUAAAGCAGUGCGAGCUCACAGUGGAGGAAACAUCAGCUGCAGCCUGAACUCCAGUGGACACGGCAUCACCUGCUACGAUCAUGAGUACUGCCCGUACUCCGAGGAGCUGGACAACAUCAACCUAACCAUUUACUUCAGAAGCAACUACGUGGUGGAGAGCUACAGCCAACGCUUCCAAAUCUCAGAUAUAGUAAAGCCGGAUAUGGUGAAUAUUAUAAAGAAGAAUAACACUCUGGAGCUGCAGUACCCGAACACCUGGAACGCCCCCUUCUCCUACUUCCCCCUCACCUUCCAGGUGAAAGAGAUCCGCUGCCGGAAGAAAAGCGACUGUGACUGCGCCAGCCGCCAAUCAUCAAAGGUAAACCUGAUUCAGGAUCAGCACUGGCCUCUGAAGAAGGGGGUUACGGUGUGUGUGAGGGUGCAGGAUGAUCUCUGCAGCUCCGCCUGGAGUGAAUGGACGCAGUACAAAUCUGCAAAAAUGAGAAUCAAGAAAAGAACAGGAAAGAACAAGAAAAGAAGAUCCCAUAAAGAAGAGUAAAACUGUCCUUUCUAAACUAAUGCUGGACACCUUAAAAUUAAAUUUACUUAAAAUAAUAAUGUCCGAUAACGUUUCAAUCACAUAUUUAUGUAUAAUGUGCUUCGGAUGGGUAUAUACAGCUCUUGAAAAGCCAUCAAACCAAACUGAACUGCUUGAAUUUUUGCACCAGGACUAAAGCAGCAUAAAGUUAUCCAAAAGCAGUGUGUAAGACUGGUGGAGGAGAACAUGCCAGGAUGCUUAAAAAAACUGUUCAGAAAUCAAUAUUUGGUGGAAUAUUGCUGAUAUUCCCUGAGAAUCAUGUUCUCCUCCACCAGUCUUACACACUGCUUUUGGGUGACCUUAUGUCACCCCUGGCUCUAAAAAGACAGGAGCUGUACAUUGAUUCAAAAACUCUGGUGACACAUUGAGAUGUAACAUUAAAAAAUAAUGAUUGUAUACACGUUGUAGUGUUUUAGUAGUAAUAAAAAGCAUCAAUUGAUAUUUAUAACAUGCUGAAUCAUUUAAAUCAUUAUUUUAGAAGAUGCACAAAUAUUAAUUU